CGAAAUAGAAUCUACUUUUGCUCCCCCUCACAGGCCUUCCUCUGUCGUUCAGGUAGCGCUGUCAGUAUACCUUCAGACCGUGCACCUUGUGUGUCUCCAAACAGUACUAGUAUAUAAGUUCACUCAAGCAGUGAGAACACUGCAACUCUAACAUGCGCUCGCCGGGGAACGACUCGGAUACAAGCCCGUCCAGUACCACUGCUUGCACGCCUUCUGAAAGCGGCAAUAUCGGCCGCAAACCUCGCACCACCAUCGUUGACCUUCCACCUGACGUUCUCCUCAUCAUCUUCCGCGCCGUGUUCC